AUGGAGUGGUUGAACACGACAUCGAAUUAUGUAUAUCCAAAUGAUAUGUGUGCAUUGAUAAGUAAUAUGACAAAAAUUUUAGAUAAUGAAACUAUAACAGAUAGUGACAAAAAAAAAAUAUGGGAUAUAAUAAAUAAUAUAUAUGAUCAAUGGACCAAAGUAGCAGAAUUGGAAAAGGAAAAAGACAAAAGAGAUUACUAUAAAAUAAUUGCUCUCUUUACAUUACUCAUGUCAACCAACUGGUUUAAAGAAGAGCAGGAAGAGAUGGAAUUCAUAAUAAACGAAAUUUAUUACAAUUAUGUGGGACUUGCUCAAAGUUUUCCACAGGAAGAUCUCGUCAGGGCUGUUCAGAAUUCCUUGGGUGCAGAAAUAACAAAGGUAAUGUCCUCUUUAAGUGACCUGAAAGUGGAAUUUGAAAAGGGAGACUACGGUGAAGGCGUUUUCAAUGGGAAACUUGUACUAGACAUAAAUAAUGGCCUUUUUUUGCAUAAGGAAAAUGAAAUUUUAAAAUACAACGGGAAAUUACCUAUGGAUACAUACGAAAUUGAGAUGGCUAUUAAUUCCUUUGAUUGGAAACAACAUGAAAGAAAACAAAAAUAA